UCCCAGUCAGACUGGUGUUUUUAGCUUUUAGUUUGUUUGUUUGCGGAGCGCUUUUCGUCCGAAGGAGGGCAGCAGAUCGCCUGAGAUGCAACUAGCUGCAAAUUGGAAACAACAGAGGAAGAAGGAGCGGGGAAGCUAGGAAAUGCCGGAGCAGACUUGUUGAUAGUUUCUGAUUAACAGAGGAUCUGUCCUUUUCUUUGUUAACUUAGCUGACCUUUACUCCUCAUUCAAUAGAGCAUAACUGGCAAAAAAACGACAGACACUCUUGUCUCACUUAAUCUGCUGGGAAGCCUGACAGCAGCUGCUAUGUUCGGCAGGACAGCCCUGAGCAGAGGCAUUACUGCCACCCGCCUUAGUAAGAAUGUCACUUUCUACAUGAAUGAAUUAACACCUCCAGUCUCAGGAUGUCGGGACCAAGACCACGAAGACAACAAACCCCUUAUGUUGAUGUUGCCAUGGUUGGGUUCUCGUCCCCAAGCUAUGGCCAAAUACUGUGAAAUCUACUUCCGCACAGGCUUUGAUGUGCUUGUAGUUGAGAGUGAGGUGGCAGAGUUCCUGUGGCCUCGCUGGGGUCUGGCUCAUGGAAAGAGGUUGCUGGAGUUGCUCCACAGUAAACGCUUUGUGUCCCGCCCACUCCUUGUCCAUGCCUUCUCUAUUGGGGGCUACACAUUUGCCCAGCUGCUGGUACAUGUGUCCCAGGAUACACAGAAAUAUCAGGCGCUCACGCAGAGGAUUAAAGGCCAAGUCUAUGAUAGCUUGGUGGUGGGCUCUCUGGAGACGAUGUCCGUAGGUCUAGGUAAGACCAUAUUUCCCCGUUGGGAGAUACUGGUAAAAGAGGUAAGCCUGUUAUACUUUGGCAUGUUCAGACGCCAAACGGUGGACUACUUUAACAGAGGCAUUGAUACGUUUAAGAACACUCCUGUCACCGCUCCUGCACUGUUCUUCUAUUGCGAGAACGAUUUGUUGAGCGACCCACGAGCUACGGAGGAAUUGAUUGAUCAAUGGCGGAAGCGCGGGAUUGACAUCACGGCAAAGAAGUGGGAGGAUUCAACACAUGCAGGUCACCUCAAGAGGCACCAACAAGAGUAUCUGACCACCCUACACACGUUCCUCAACUCACUCAGCAUCGCCCCGCUGAAGGCCAAGCUAAAACUCCAGGGACCAUUGAUUCUUUUGAUGGUCUACCAGUGCUACGAAGGAUAUUUCUUCUUCCAGAAGACAUUCCACCAUAUUGGUGUUUGUUGGCGGUGCUGAGUAAAAUGUACAAUAUCACUGUAAUACAUCGAGGAGUUCAUAUGGCUUCUAGAGAGACAGAUGAGCCUUAGUGCUGAAUCUGUAUAAAUGAAUAGUGCUGAACAAACAACCAAACUACCAUGAAAUAAGUUAGACUUGAAAACUCUUAAUGUGUGUUUAUAGUUAACUUGGAAAUACCAGUUGUAACAUUUUACGAAUAAUUGCAAUGUCUGUUGAUGGUGGUUGUUAAACUUGAAAUGGUGCCUCUGACACUAUUGUGAUCCUUUUGGUGCUCAAAACAUGUCAUGGAUUUCUGAUUUGUGCAAUCACAACAGUUUACAUUUCUUUUGCCUUGGAAAUAAAUGUGAAGGUAUACUGUC